AUGUUGAGAUCCAGCCUGUUGAAGACAUCGCCAAGAGCCAGCAGCUUCAGUUCAAGAAUGUCGUUUUCCAGUCGUUCGAUGGUUUCGCAAGAGUUCAGGGUCGAGACGGAUGCGUUUGGCGAGAUUAGAGUGCCAGCAGACAAGUACUGGGGGGCGCAGACACAGCGUUCUCUGGAGAAUUUCAAGAUUGGUGGUGCCCGUGAGCGGAUGCCCGAGCCGAUCAUUCGUGCUUUCGGCGUGUUGAAGAAAUCUGCAGCUGUGGUGAACGAAUCGCUGGGUACCCUGGACCCUGCGAUCGCAGGGCCAAUCAAGCAGGCUGCAGAUGAAGUCGCCCAGGGCAAGCUGACCAGUCACUUCCCUCUGGUUGUAUUUCAGACGGGCUCCGGGACGCAAUCGAACAUGAACGCGAAUGAGGUGAUCUCCAACAGGGCGAUUGAGCUGAUCGGUGGUGAGAUGGGCUCGAAGCAGAUCCAUCCCAACAACCACUGCAACCAGGCGCAGUCGUCGAAUGACACCUUCCCUUCCGUGAUGCACAUUGCAGCGGUCACCGAGAUUACCCACCACUUGCUGCCCGAGCUGGGCGCGUUGAGAGACGCCCUGGACGCCAAGGCCCAGGAGUUCAAGGACAUCGUCAAGAUCGGCAGAACCCAUCUGCAGGACGCGACGCCGCUCACUCUGGGUCAGGAGUUCAGCGGGUACGUCCAGCAACUGACCAACGGUAUCGACCGGGUGGAAAAGUCGUUGCACCAUUUGAAGUUCCUAGCGCAGGGCGGCACCGCGGUCGGCACCGGUUUGAACACCAAGGUCGGGUUUGCUGAGAUGAUCGCGGAACAGGUCUCCAAGGAGACCGGGAUCGAGUUCCAGACGGCUCCCAACAAGUUCGAGGCGCUAGCCGCACACGAUGCGAUUGUCGAGGCCAGCGGCGCCCUCAACACCGUCGCCUGCUCGCUGUUCAAGAUUGCGCAGGAUAUCAGAUACCUGGGCUCCGGUCCGCGCUGCGGCUACGGAGAGCUCUCCCUCCCAGAAAACGAGCCAGGCUCCUCUAUCAUGCCCGGUAAGGUCAACCCAACGCAAAACGAAGCCAUGACUCAGGUGUGUGUCCAGGUUAUGGGUAACAACUCCACAAUCACCUUUGCCGGUGCGUCGGGUCAGUUUGAACUGAACGUCUUCAAGCCCGUCAUGAUUUCCAACCUGUUGAGCUCUGUCAGAUUGCUAGCCGACGCCUCUUACUCGUUCAGAGUCCACUGUGUCGAAGGUAUCCAGGCCAACAGAGACAAGAUCUCUAAGCUACUGCAUGAAUCACUGAUGCUCGUAACCGCGUUGAACCCCAAGAUUGGCUACGACGCUGCCUCCAAGGUUGCCAAGAACGCUCAUAAGAAGGGAAUUACUCUGAAGGAGUCUGCUCUUGAACUAGGCGUUCUCUCCGAAGCGGAGUUUGACGAAUGGGUCGUCCCCGAGAAUAUGAUCGGUCCCAAACCUUGA